AGUUUGUCUCCUUCUUUUUUCGCCUUUAAUGAAUUUGUCAAAAAAAAAUUUCAUAUAUUCUCGUAAGUCCAUCAUUCUUCAUCACUACUACCAAUCCAAAAGAGCUUUUUAUUAUUCCACUGAUUCGUUGAGUUCACAAAAACAAAACCAUGAGUUGGUUCCAUAGACUCGAUCUCAUCGACCCGUACACGUGUUCACCACUCACCACCACCAUUGUUGAACCUUCCUCAUUGUUUUUAGGGUUUCCUUCCUUCAUCGACGACGACGUUGAAGAUCUACUCCAUUUCUCAUCACCUACUCCACUCGAUCUAUUCGAAACAGUGACGGAUCUGGUUCAGAUCAAGAAAUCUCCGUCUUCUUCUUGCAAGUACAAGGUGAUUCGUCGUAGUAGGCUAGAGGAGCCAGAGUAUCCUCUCAAGUAUCUUUGUGAUCGUGUUUCUGAUUUGGAAUCCAAGUUUGAUAAGUUGGUUAGUCCUAAGAGCCGUGACUGUGAUAGGAAGUAUACAUUGACCAAAGAGAUUAAGGGAAGUAGUGGUGAGAAGAAGUAUAAAUGGGAAGCGGAGAUUCAAGGACCACCGGGGAGGAAGUACAAGGUGGAGGCGGAGAUGGAUGGGGAGAAGAAGGAGAGUAAGUAUAAGUGGGAAGCUGAGUUUGAAGGUCCUGGUGAGAGGAAGUAUAAAUGGACGACUGAGGUUAAAGGAGGGAAGAAGGAUGAAGAAAGUUUAAAGCUUGUUGCUUUGAAGAAGGAGAAGGCUAAGGCGAAAGCCAAAGCCAUUGCUGCUGCUGAAGCGGAGAAGAAGAAGAAGAAGAAGAAGAAAAGUUACAAUUGGACGACGGAGGUGAAGAGUGAGAGGGAGAAUGGAGAGGUUUCGCAUACUUACAUCAUCAAGGCUUCUACUGGAUGCGAGAAAAAGAAGCAUGAGGACAAGGAGAAGAAGGAGAAGAAGAGCAAGAAGAAGGAGAAAACUCGUGUUGUAGCCAUCGAGGAAGAGGAGGAAGAAGAAGAAGAAGAAGAAGAUGAGUCGCAAGAACAUGGAGCUAUCGUCCUCAGGAAGGCGUUUUCGAGAAGAAAUGGAGCUGUUAGGGCUAAGAAGGGGAAAAACAAGGAAAUGCCACCUGACUAUGCUGCUGCGAUGAUCCAGAGGGCCUUCAAAGCUUAUUUGAUUCGUCGUUCAAAAUCAUUGCGUGCUCUUCGUGAUCUUGCUAUUGCAAAGACUAAACUGAAGGAGCUAAGAGCUUCAUUCCACAACUUCAGCUACCGUCGCUUGAUUGCUCGUGAUGCAGAGGAGCGCCAGAAAUUCUCAGAAAAAAUCAUUGUACUCCUCCUCACUGUUGAUGCCAUAGAGGGAGUUGAUGUAAUGGUUCGAGGAGCAAAGAGAUCCAUGGUGGAUGAGCUUGAAGCAAUGUUGGAUGUGGUAGACCCGCAACCACAGGGAGGGAAAUCAUUGUCGAUGAGAAGAAGGACAUUCGAUAUGCCAGACAGUUUGAUCCGCAAAGAAAUCGCAGACGGAGUGACUCAGAUCGUCCAGAUGCUUGAAACAGAAGAAGAGUGAUGGAACUGUGUGUGUUUGUGACUAUGGGGGCUGUUUUUGUUGUGUUUGUGACUUGGAAUAAUUUUAAGUUAAUUAGCCUCUUUAGUUUGCUUACUGUUCUGAAUGUUUUCUAAUUAUGCAGACAAAAAUAAUAAUGAGAGGGGCUCGAAUAAGAGAGUAGUGUCUCUUAUCAGUGUCAUACUCAUCUCUCAAAUCUUGUCUAUUGUGUGCCUCUUAGUGUGUUUGUGUUUAUCAGGUUAUGUAAUCCUUUUGUGUUCCCAAACUGGUACUCUGUUUUGUCAAAUUGCUUAUGUGUUGGUUUUGCUUA